AAACAGAAACAUGACUAUUUCAAGGUGACACGACGCUCCUGAUAAUCAAAUUGGUGUGUUGUACACAAUUUGAUUUCUGGACCAUCACUCAAGGCUCAACAGGCUCGUGCCGGCAGAACGUCAGACUUCGAUAACUGAUCCAUAUACACGUUGGAUAUAAAAUGUCAUUUAACGCAUCAAUUAGGAACUUUGUACCCAUAUCAGAAUUAAACCCAAACACUACACAGGCGAGGAUAGUUGGAGUGGUCAUUGGGAAAACAGAUGCAAGAGGAUUUCCUGACAAGAAAAAUUUUGGCAGCGAGAGGUUCACCUUCAGCUUUACAUUAAAAGAUUCCCCCGACCACUUCAUUAAUGUAUCCUCAUGGGGCAGCGAAGAGUACAUCAACGGGCUCUGUGGCAGCUUCAGAACAGGAGAUUGUGUUGUUAUGGAAAAUCCACUAGUCGCACCCAAAGACCCUGAAAAGGAGGAACGAUAUUGUCCCUCAACUCCAAGUUUCUACAGGUUGUUGAUGACUGAAACUCACUCUGUGAUAAGACUGUGUGCAGAUGUGGAGGAGGAAAACAGACUUCUUCCCCUCCUCCACAUGCCAGUCAAAGACCCACGAGACUUCUACACCUUGGGAGACAUCAAUGCCAAUGGUCAAAACCUAGACGGGAGUGUGAUCAACAUUCUGUCUGCGGUCAGAUCCGUUGGAGAGCAGAAGUUCUUCACCACCUCAGAUGGGCGUAAAGGGCAGCGCAUUGAAAUAAAGCUCUUUGAUGACACAGUGACCUCCUUUCCUCUAGUUUGCUGGGAUCGCGAGACUAUUCAACUUGUGCAGUCACUGACACCAAAAGAGACAGUGUUGUUCAUCGCCGAUGCCCGUGUGAAAUUUGAUAGCUUUCGUAACACCAUGACUGCUACUGCUACAUCUAAAACAAUCAUCACCAUCAAUCCUGACACUCCAGAGGCCAACCAGCUCUUCAAUUUGGCUAAGGACUUCUCUGAAUCAGGAGCCCUUGACGAGACAGACAAUCAGUCAGGAGAGAACAUUCCAUUGGACACCAUCACUGAUGUACUGACCGUGAGCCAGCUGAGGAGCAAAACCCAAGACACUCUUGAUGUGUUUUAUGCCAUCACAUAUGCCUUCAUCUCUGCAUUUCCUCUGGACACCCCCUCCAAGGUGGUCAGGAACAGAUGUGCCAGAUGUAAAUUGCCAGUGGCUGAAGAUGUGAUGGUGUGCAGCAGUUUCUCCUGUGCUGGUCAAGACCAGGAGCUGGAAAUGGUGUCAGGCUUUGACAUACUCAUGGACAUCAGCGAUCAUACAGGCACACUACAGUCCUGCUUCCUCUCUGCUACUGUGGCUGAGAAAACUCUAGGCUGCACUGCGGAGGAAUAUGUGAAUCUCUCUGAAGGAGCACAGACAGCUUUGAAAUGGAGAUUUCUUCUGGAAAGAUGCAAAAUUUACCUGAAGGUCCUGCCUGCACCCAAAGUCAGGAGUGGUUGGAGAGCCACCAUCCUGUCCUGCACACUCGCUGAUUCUGUGGAAGUCAAGCAAAGUUUGGAGACAGAGCCUCAGUGACGCCACGGUCAAACGUCAUUGCAGAUGUCUUUUUUUCUUUUUAUUUGUUAUAUUGGUGCACUUUAUUUAACUUCUAUUUAUGUGUAAUAUAAUAUAAUUUAAUUUUUUAAUGCAUAUCCAUAGACUAUUGUUUUUAUUGAAUGUAUUUAUUUAUUAUACAGAUGUUUGUUUAUAGACCUCUUGUUUACCUUCUUGUUCACAUGAUAAAACUUUGUUUGAUGUUACAUGUCCAUUUCUUUAUUGUUGUCCGGUACUACUCCUACCCGUAAUGGGCCCCUAAAGUGGAACGGGUGAAAGGAGCUGCUCCCAACCUCUCAAAAUUACCAACAAGAAAGUACAGUUCUUGGAGUGAUUUAAUACUUCACAAUGGAUUUUUUUUUUCAGAUCUUAAAAUGAACAGUCAA